AGACUGCACCUGCUCACCGUCGCGCUACUGUUGAGACGCGUCGACGUACUGCUUGCCAUUGACAGCACGCUUCUGCACCUCGUGGAAUACUCGUCGCACUACGGCACAUAAACACAACGACACAUCGCGGGGACGCGACGUUGCUGGGAUAUCCUCGCCUGCCUCGUGCCGGCGGAGAGCGUAGAAAUGUCGCGCGAUUCUUGCUUCACCCAUCUACAUCUGCAUGCUGCUCACCAUGCCGACCUGCUCGAAGACUUUACGCGCAUCAAAUUGCCAGCCGAGGAGAUCACUGUCGCUCCUCAACAUCAGCCACUGAACCCAGACGAUGAAGAUGAUAUCGUUCCAGACCAGCAUGCUGCUUUUGGCAUUCAGCGAGCUCAGCAGAAGAGUCGGGAACCAGCCUGGCGAGACCUGGGACUGCAGUCUCUCAUGAGCGAGGGCCCGUCAGCCCGCUCUGCGCAGAAUGGCCAAGCGGCGGGAGGGGCCAUGAGCGCAACGAGAUUAAGAUAAUUGGAGGAUUGGUGAACAGACCUGUUCUUACGAAGCGGACAUGAGGACGGCCACGACGAAUUAGACACGAGUAACCAGAGAUACGUGAUA